AGUAUCAGUACAAUUAUUAAAAUAAAUAAUGAGAAAAAUAUAAAUUUAAUGGUAUUUGACAGAUCAUUCAGCUCAAAUGUCUCAAGAGAAUUUUGUCACGGAAUUUCUAAAGCAUUGUGAGGAAAAUAAUGUGGAGCCGCUACCUCGAUUUGUAGUAAACUUUUAUAAAUAAUUUUAUAUUAUAAUUAUAUGUGUGUCUUUUGAUGUCACUUAUGCUUAAGUAUUAUACUUUUGCAGAUAAAGAAUGGUAUAGAAGAAUUUGCAACAUUGGAACCAGAAAAGUAAUUACCUUAAUUAUAAAUAAAAAAUUUUAUGCUUAAAAAUUUACGAUUUAUUAUUUAUUAAGGGAAUUAAAGAAAGAUGUUCCUGUCUUUCACGUUUCUUUCGAAAAUCCUAAAAGAAUGGAGAACGCACAGAAAUUGGAAUGAAGUAUCGAUUUGCAUUCUGGAUGCACUGAAUAUCACAUUGGAGAAAUAUAACACCAUUACAGUGCUCAAAUUGCCCAAUUGUCAAAUAAACGCUUACGGCGUUCUGCAGAUAGCACAUAUGAUGUCGGAAUUCGGAUGUAUUUUGGAUGUAAAUCUAGAUAACAAUCCGAAUGUGCAAGAGAAUUAUUAUUUACUUUGCGCACCGACCAGAAAUUUAUGUUAUUUGUCUUUGAAGAUGUGUAAAUUAUCCGACAACGGUAUGCAAAAAAUCGCAAACGAAUUGAGAUACUGGGAUCCGCCGAAUAAUCCAAAAUUGGUUGCGCUUAAUAUUGCGGGAAACGAUAUUACGGACAUCGGUGCCAAAUAUAUCGCUGCAAUGCUUCGCACUAAUCGAUCUCUGCAAAGCGUUGUGCUAACCGCAAAUAAAAUACAAGACGAGGGAGCUUUGCUAAUAAUCCAGGAACUUUGCAUGUACGUUUAUUAAUAAUGAGGUAAUUAAACUAGAUAAUCUUAAUAUAUACUGCUAUCUUUAACGUCACGCGAUAGGUCCGCUUUGACCCAUGAAGAAAUCGUUGACCUUCGACGCCGCAGAUUUAUCGAGCUGGAGAGUAAGGUUGAUAAAUUAUCACGCUGU